UUAUGCAAUAGAAUUAGGCAAAAAAUCAAAAUAUUGAUGCACCAAUCUAAAAUUUUCCAAAUAGGAAAUUUGAAAUAAUAAAAGUAAUUGGAUAAGGAGGAGAAGGGACUGUAUUUUAAUGCAAAUCAAAAAAUUGGGGAAUCUAUGAUUAAAAACAAUUUGCAUUAAAAUGUCAAUAUUAAUCUAAGGCUGAUGAAAUUUAAUUUAUUGAUAAUCUUAUAGCAUAUUAAAAUCAAUAUGAGAAUUUAAUUAAUUAAGGAAAAUCAAAUUAUUAAUCAUCUGGUUUAAUUAGAAUUUAUGAGAGAUUUUAAUUAAAUAACUAAGAUUUUAUAAUUAUGGAAGCAGGAGAAAUAGAUUUAUAUGAUUAUAUAAAAUAAUAAUAGAAUUUAUCAUUUGAUUAGAAAAUAAAGAUUUUAAUUUAAGUAUAAUAAUAAUAAUAAAUAUUAAUAGAUAACUUAAUCAAUAUAAUAUUUACAUUAAAAUAAUUUAAUUCAUAGAGAUAUUAAACCUGAAAACUUUAUUAAAGUUGCAGAUUAAUUUAAACUUAUUGAUUUUGGAUUAAUUAGACAUAAUGAAGGUAGGAUAAAGACAAUGGGAAUUGGUACACCUUUGUUUUAAGCUCCUGAAAUUGUUGAAAAUAGUUAAAAUUACACAAAAGCAGUAGACAUUUGGUCACUAGGUUGUGUAUUUUAUGAAAUUUUGACUAAAGUAUCUUUAUUUUAAGGUAUAUAACUUUUGUAAAUAUAGGGAAAACUCAUUCGGAAUUAAUAAAUAUGAUUAAAAAUUGUAAAAUUGAUAAGAAAUAUCUAUUAGAAAGAUUAGACUAAUUACCAAAAACAGGUAAAAAUGAUGAUGAAUUAAAGACCUUGUUAAUAUAAAUGCUAGAACCUUUUGA